UGCCCCUGUUUUCUCGGGCUCAGUCUCACAGUCCGUCUCCUGACGUUCAAGUUCGCAGGAACGUCACGUCCGCACUUGAACUUGCAGCCCAGGCUGGUAGUGGUGGUGGAGGUGGUGGUGAUGGUGGUGGGGGCUUCUCCUCUCUCCGCGCACCCCCCCACUCUGUCUCUCCCUCUUUCUCCCUCAUCAUCAUCAUUACUCUGUCUUUGCGUAAAAGUCAUGAAGAGCUCCGCACAGCCCGCUGCUCCUUCUCCUGCUCCUUCUGCUCCUGCUCCUUCUGCUCCUGCUGUUGCGCGCUUCGCCUCAGCCUCUCUAUGAUCCAGCGUUUCUCUGCUUUUCCUCGUUUUUUUUAACCUCGGUGGAUGUGACGGGCAUCAAUGAAGACACUUCCCACGGAGCCUCGGACCUUGUUGUAGGAACUGGAUUUCCCAAUGUGAACUCACGCAGCUGAGGAGCCGCCGCUGAACCGACAUGUCUCGCCGCAAACAAGGCAAACCCCAGCACUUGAGCAAACGGGAGUUUUCGCCUGAGCCGCUGUCAGGCGUUCUACCAGAGGAAGACUCUCAGGACUCCCCCAGACUUGGAGCAGUUCCGGACGAUCCCCUAAAAGGGGACCAGGACCUGCUGACCUGCGGCCAGUGCCACUCCCGCUUCCCCCUCGCUGACAUCUUGCUUUUCAUUGAACACAAACGUAGGCAGUGCCACGGCAGCCUCUGUGCGGACAAACCCCUGGACAGGCCGCCAUCCUCCCCGCUCGCCUCACCCCUCUCCACGUCCUCGUCCCACUCACGGACCACCCAUCAACACCCGCGCAGGGCGUGCCACCCGGUGGAGGUGGCCAUUCAGGUGUCGCCGCAGGAUGAGGAUUGUUUAUCCACUCCUUUGCAAGGAAUUAUCCCCAAAACGGAGCACAUCACAGAUAAAGAUGAGCCCAGCAGCUACACCUGCACCACCUGUAAGCAGCCCUUCACCAGCGCCUGGUUCCUUCUCCAGCACGCUCAGAACACCCAUGGUUUCCGCAUCUAUCUGGAGAGCGAGCCUGGCAGCCCUCUUACCCCCCGCGUGGCCACAGCACCCGGGAUGGGGGGCGAUUGCGCCUCCUCCCAGCCGCCUCUUCACGCCGUCCACUUGGCCGAAGGCAGUCCUUACAGCCUUCUCCGGAUGCCAGGCUCAGGUUCUGGCAGGGAUUCUGCAUCCACGCCUCGGGAGGGCCGUUAUCCCAGAACCCCACCUCUCUUCAGCCCUCCACCGCGCCAUCACCUUAGUCCAGACGACCUGACCUUGGCGACCCACCACCCCAGUGCUUUUGACAGGGUGAUGAGGCUAAACUCAGUACCAUUAGAAAUCCCUCCGAGCAUGGACUUCUCCAGACGUCUACGUGAGCUGGCUGGGAACGCGACGGGGUCCUCGCCCCCUCUCUCCCCUAACAGGCCUAACCCUAUGCAACGGCUACUGCAGCCAUUCCAGCCAGGUUCCAAGCCUCCAUUUUCAGCCACACCUCCCCUCUCCACCUCUCAGUCACCUUCUGGCUCACGUUCCACCCCCAACACCAUCACAAAUGCAGUGCAGCCAGCUACACCUCUCAAGGCAAAGUCUUGUGAGUUCUGUGGGAAGACCUUCAAGUUCCAGAGCAAUCUAAUUGUUCAUAGGCGUAGCCACACAGGGGAAAAGCCAUUCAAGUGUCACCUUUGUAACCAUGCCUGCACCCAGGCCAGUAAACUGAAACGACACAUGAAGACGCACUCUCAGAACAAGUCGUCAGCAAUUAACGCCAAGUCGGACGACGGCCUCUCCACUGCCAGUUCUCCUGAACCUGGCACUAGUGAGCUGAUAGGCAGCGCCACGGACGCCCUCAAGUCCGUGGUGGCCAAGUACAAGAGUGACAACAAUCAUUUGCGCGAGAAUGGAGAGGAAGAGGAAGAUGAAGAGGAAGAGGAAGAAGAGGAGGAAGAGGAGGAGGAAGAGGAAGAAGAGGAGGAAGAAGAAGAGGAGGAAGAAGUUGAGAAUAAGCCUGUGGUGGAAGAGGAGGACGGGAGGAAUGACUAUCGUUUCAGCCUGCGGCUUGAAGGGGCCCGUCACCACCAAAACAGUGACGCCCUGCAUCCACGCCGCCGGAGUUCAUCGCAGGACCCUGCUGAUGACGACUCAGCCAUGGAGUCAGACCGUGCAGAUGACGGCACCACAACUACCAUCAAUGGUCUGGGGCCCCUGUCCACUGAGAGCCUGUCACGGAAGCUGCUUGGUGGCCGCGUAAGUCCCGGCUCUCUCAGUCCACUGUCCAAGCGCAUCAAGGUCGAGAAGGACAUCGACCCCCCGACACCCACCAUCCCUAACACGGAAAAUGUCUACUCUCAGUGGCUCGCCGGCUACGCCGCCUCCAGACAACUCAAGGACCCCUUCCUCAGCUUCACAGGCGGGGACUCCAGACAAUCGCCCUUCGCCUCCUCGUCUGAACACUCGUCAGAGAACGGCAGCCUUCGUUUCUCCACCCCACCAGGUGAGCUGGACGGAGAACGUGCUGCCUCGGGACGUAGCGGCACCGGCAGCGGGGCCAGCACUCCCCACGGCGGGAACGGCAACGGCCGGCCGAACUCCAAGGACAGCCGCCGCAGUGACACUUGUGAGUAUUGCGGCAAAGUGUUCAAGAACUGCAGCAACUUGACUGUGCACCGGCGCAGUCACACUGGAGAGCGUCCCUACAAGUGCGAGCUGUGCAGCUACGCGUGCGCCCAGAGCUCUAAGCUCACCCGCCACAUGAAGACCCACGGACAGCUGGGCAAGGACGUGUACAAAUGUGAAAUCUGUCACAUGCCUUUCAGUGUCUACAGCACGCUGGAGAAACACAUGAAGAAAUGGCACAGUGACCGCCCUCUGGCUAAUGAAAUUAAGACUGAGUAGAGCAGCGCGCUGGCUGGUCGUUCUCUCUAACUCAGCUCCUCUGGCUAAAAGCAACCCCGGCUGACACGUCGAUAAGUGAGGGAAAAGGACGACAGGGUUAGACACCAGUAAGCAGUACAGCCCUGUGAUAAUCCCCGAAUAUAAAAAAGAGCUGAAUGCAUGAUCCAUCACUGGGGCAAUACUAUUGCACCAAAAGCAAAACUUUUUGAGCCUUUCUAUUGUGCAAUAAUUUACACGUUUUUGUAUUUUUUUGUAACUGGACAGCAUGCUCAGUGUGUUUUGGCUACUUAGAGAGAAAUUUGUCCUCGGCUGGUGGGUUUGGUGGUACACGUGUUGCUCUUGAUACUUUUGAUUUCUUCGACAUGAAAAAGAAAAAAAAUAGAUUCUAGAUAUGACAACCCAUGCUGCACACAGUCCAUACUGUUUUACAUAUCAUGUACAGGUUUGUGUUCUAACAUCGUGGACAGUAUCACAUAUGAUCGAAAACGUCACGACAUGCAGGGUCACACUUAAAACUGAUCUUUGUGAAAGACUUUCAAUGCAAGAUUGAGAUAAAAAAAAUAUAUAUAUAGUAUGUAAAAAAAAAAAUUGGGCUGCCUAUGAACCCUUAGGCACUGGCGCCGUUAAGUAUUUCUAGUACAAACAGCAAUGAAAUUUACAAUAUGGUGUGAAAUUACAACAAAGAGUGCCUUGGAUAUUUUACCCGCGUUAGUUAAUACUCUUUUUGUUUUUUGCUAUAAGCUCAGAGUUUCAGCUACGGAAGAUUACAGGACAUUUUUGUGCACAUAUGAAAUUUGCAGGUACUUGCAUCAAGCGCCUGUACGACCCUGUCGUUUUGUGACUUAGCAGAGGAUACAGAACCAGCUGAAAGAAAAACAGAACAAAAAGAAUGACUAUGUGUAACUCUGGUAAAUCAUUUCUCUGCCUGACUCAUGUGUAUAUUGUUAUUCUCCAGAUCAUGAUUCUGUUUACGGGCAUGCUACAUGCUGGAACGGAGUAAGUGAUCGAGGUGUAGAUUUUGGUUUUGGUUUUAGGUGUUCAUUAUUUCCCAGUACGUGUUGGUACCACACUGAGAGGGAGUCGUUUUCAACCAACGUGAAGCUCUUAAUUUUCCCAGAGUGCUUUUAUUUUCUUUAAUAAGUUUAAAGUUUGCAGAUAUCCUCUUAUUUUUUUUGUAAGUAGCACAGAUGUGCAGCUCCUCCGUGUCCAGGCAGGCAGUGUAGCCAGCAGCCACCUGAAGACCAUGGGGGAGGGGACUGGGGGGUUAGCUGCUCGAAACCAGACAGAUUUAGGGUGAGGGUUGGGGCUAGGGGGUUUUUGGCUGGGUGUAUGAUGAGGGUCAGGAUGGGUGGAGGGUCAGAAUAGUGGGUGGGGAGUGGGUUAACCAGGUGUCUCUACAAUUCAAAUGUUUAUGUCCUUUUAGUGCUUACUCUCUUUACUGCAGUAGAUUUUAGAAGAAGAAAAAACUUUACUUAAUAUGAAAACCCUUUUAUUUUCAUUAAUCCAUGUUGGAAAUUACUUUAAAAUGGAAAACUCCAAUCAGAAGUUAAGAGUCGCUCAUCCAGCAUCUACAUAGUUGGGAAGGUUAAGACCACCUGCAGACGUGGGUUAUAUCUGACAGUUCUGCAGCCCAAUCACAGAUGACAAAGUUAGCUGUCCAAGUUAUGGGCUAUGAAACUAUUUAACGCACAUCGUGCAACCCAAAAACCCUCGCUCUUUCCUUUGUUUGCCCCCGCCUUUUAUCUGGCUGACUGAUUUGGUCAGCUUGUGGCCCACUACCCCAACAGAAGUGGACCACUCUAUGCCUACAUGGGUCACAUAAAAGUGUCUCAUAAAGUGGAUGUGGGUGCCACAAAUAAUUGGAUAUCUUGAUAUGGCUGCCCUACAAGUGGGCUAUAAUUGAAUGUGGGUCAUACCAUCAGUCCAACUUUGAACAGUCCACUUUGAAGCCCAGUUACCCAGGCACACUCUGGUGUGGUUCUUAUGGAGAUGCUGGAUGGGUCUGAAAUAAGGUUAUUUUUUUUUUCUUUGAAACAAAGUACCCCUCCUCACAGGUUUGUUAGAGUGUAACUGACACACUUCUGUGUCCCAGAGAGUUCACAUGGUCUGGAGCAGCGGUUCCCUCAGUCUAUUCAAGGUAGCAAACCAUUCUGACCUAAUUUUUCAGUACAAAUCUGGAUGAACGGGAGUCAUUUGAAUGACAAUAUAGCAACACAUCUGUCAGGAAUUUGUUUUUCCAAUUUUUUGGACUUGUGUAUCAAUUAUUAAAGAUAAAGGAUACACAGCAAAAAAAUCUUAAACUUUUUGAACUGUUAAGCAAGGUAGCGUCUUUAAACGUACAGCGGGAAAUGUAGUUUGUAAAUUGCCCCCAAACCCACCCUGGGGUCCCAGUCCAGUGUCAGGGAAUCACUGCUCCAACCUACAGUUGCAUCUUUGUCUCCAUUCCCCACGUCAUUGUCGAUGAUAUAGCACUUGUCACUCUGCCUUGGAUUCUGUAUCUGUCUCUCUAAUCGGAGGUACAGUGGUUGAGUAUAAAAUAAGAACCGGAUUCCAGAUCCGGGACUAAAAACGUGCACUGUUCAAUUUUCCCAGUUUACAGUCAGACGCUCAAGGGAAAACUUUGCUCUUAUGCUGACAACUUUAGCUAGGUGUCACUGCUUUGCAUUAAAAAUAUCACGAGGAAAACAAAAAAAGAAGAAAAAAACAAAACACAAAAACAAAAGCAUGGGUUGAAAGAAAAGUGUCGCCAGCCAUGUCUUCUUCUGAGAACUGAAUCAGUUCUUAAAGGUAUCAACGCAGGAACAGCCAUAAAAAUCUCCUGCUUCAUGCCAAACUAUAGAAAUGAAAUCAAAUCUUUCAAGCAGUAUAUAUAUGUAUAUAUGUCUACAUAUAUACAUAUAUAUACAUAUUUUUACAAACACCAUUUCCAGAAAAGUUGGUACAUUUUUAAAAGUUAAGUAAAAACAAUUAGGUCAUGCACUUUAGUGAACCGUUAAUAAUCCGUCAAAAGGACAAAGAAAAGACUUUUGUUGUUUUUAGUCAAUGUCGUCAUCGUAUCCUUAAUAACAAAGUCCAGUUCAAGGAUCUUUUUUUAAGUCAGUCUGCUCUUGUCCUCAGUGGUGUUUCCAUCAGAGACUUCCUUCUUAGUAAAACUCCUGAGGCUGACCUUUGACCCCAGGUCAUGACCUGCUUCUUCGUCUAUUCUAAGGACUAGAAUCCACUUCCUUUAAAUGUUCUUUCAGUUUGUUCAGAUGAUUCUAGAACUAAACUGUUGGUGAGCUUCAUUUGAACAGGUUUUCAUUUAAGUGAAAAACAUAUGACGGUCAAACUUGUCAAAGCUGUUGGGGACACAGAGACCAGUCUGAACUGGUUUUAGUCAUUAACACCAGAAAAUCUGUAGGAAUGACAACAAUAAUUUACCCUAGUAUGUGUCACCAAUAGCAACAGGAGUGUCAUUAUGGUAUUUUCUUGGCCCUGGUGCAGCUCUUCACCACCGCGACCUGUUGUUGUUUGGUUGUUUUUUUUUACAUCUUUUAUAAAGUGUACCAACUUUUCUGGAAAAUCCUGGGGUUUGCGAUUUGGUCUCUCUUUUCUGUCUGUGACAUCCGGCACUUGAUCACUAUGUAAUGAAUCGUGAUGAACAUGUCUCAUAAUUUUUUGCCUUUACUCUACACAAGUCUUCAGGUUGAACAAAAAUGAGCAUCGGGGAGAGAUUUAUGAAAUAGAAAUAUAUAGAGAGAAGCUAAAACAUGGGCAGACGUACGCUCACAUACGUCCCCGUGUUCGAAAACACAUUUAUGGUCUACUUUUUCCCUGUAUUUAGAAUGGUAUUUGAAAUUAAUGUUCACUUAGCGUAGGCACUUAUAGUAUUUAUGUUGGAGCCUGUAUUUUUAACUGUUUUUGCCUGUACUCUUUAAAGGUUUCAAUGUACCCUUUUUUUCUGUAGUGAAAAAAAAAAUCCCAACAAGCUGCCACCGUAUAUUUUCUUAAUUUGGCAGGAUAAUAUAGUGUGAAUAAUUUGUAUGCUUGAAAAAAAAAGUAUGUUUUUUUUUUGUUGUUGUUUCGUUGUUUUUUUGAAAAAUAAAAUGUGGCGACCCCGCAGGGUGAGAGGUCAUGUAAUGGCCUUUUCAGGCAGUCCGUGCUGGAGCCACCACACUGAGGUAAAACAGGUGGUUGUACAUAUCUUUUUAGUUUAUUUUAUAUAUUUUUCUCUCCUGCCAUUUUAUAUGCAGUAAUACAAGCUAUUGUUGGGUUUUUUCUCGGUAGCCAACUUUUUACUGUCCUUGAACAUGUACCGCCUGAUAACAUUCCAGACAUUUUUGAAAAACAAAAAAACAAACAAAAAAAGAACCUUUGUCAUAUGCAAUCAAAUCCAACACCGAUCCAAACAACAGUCUUUGUUGCUGCAGUUUUAUGUUAAGAUUUUGUUCAUUAUCUUGAGUUUUCCUGAGUUUCGUCAUUGCCAAAUGAACCAUGGUGCUUUAUAAUUUAAACGUGGUACAUGUCAUAUGCAAGGCAUAUCCUAAAUGUAGGUGAAAUCACGGAGAGAGUACGGUACGUCUCAUCAACGCUGAUGGUUUUCAAGGUACAUUUGUGUUUUUCAGCCUGAUCUCAUCCUGUGUUCUGUAUUUACGCUCAAGCUACUUGCUCUGAACUGAACUUGAAGUCGACCUGCGACAGUGGUCGACAUUAUUUAUUAUGACUAUAAACACACGUACGUACGCUCUGUUCUGAACAGAGGCCCUGCAAAACGAAUCAGUCCACUUCUCUCCCGCCCGGUGAAUCUUGACAGCUUCACUUCUCUGUCUGAUGACCAAAGUUCACUGACCCACCUUUAGCAGUUUUUGCUCAACUUACAGAUUUUGUUGUUUGUUGUUGUUGUAAUUUUUUUUUUUUUCAGUUACGGAGAUGCCACUCUAUUUUCAGCUGUUGUCUGCAUUAUUCUCUUCACUCAGCCAUUUUGUCUUGAAAAAAAUAAAAAAAAAUGUAUUA